AACACCUCCCCUACCUUCCCUUACCUGCCCCACCCAAACUACCUUCCUUACCUGCCCACCAAACUACCGCCCUUACCCUGCCCCACCAAAACUACCUGCCCCUACCUGCCCACCAAAACACCUCCCUUACCUUCCUUACCCCACCAAACUACCUCCCUAUACCUGCCCCACCAAACUACCUCCCUACCUGCCCCACCAACUACCUCCCUACCUGCCCCACCAAAAACACCUUCCCGACCGCCCCACCAAACUACCUGCCCACCAAACUACCUCCCCCACCAAACCUACCCCCCACCAAACUACCGCCCACCCAAAAACUACCUCCCACCUGCCCCACAAAACUUUACCUCCCCCACCAAAACUACCUCCCCACCAAAACUACCUGCCCCACCAAACUACCUCCCCUUAACCUCCCCACCAAAACUUACCUUCCCUUACCUUCCCUAUCUGCCCCACCAAACUCCUGCCUACCGCCCCACCAAAACACCUCCCUUACCUGCCCCACCAAACGACCUCCCUUACCUUCCUUACCGCCCCACAAACACCUGCCCGUACCUUCCCUAUACCUGCCCCACCAAACUACCUCCCUUACCUGCCCCACCCAAACUACCUUCCCUUACCUGCCCCACCAAACUACCUUCCCACCUGUCCCACAAAACACCUGCCCUUACCGCCCCAACCAAACUACCUGCCCACCGCCCCACCAAACUACCUCCCUACCUUCCCUUUACCGCCCACAAACUACUUCCCUUACCUGCCCCACACAAACACCUGCCCUACCUGCCCCACAAACUACCUUCCCUACCUCCCACCAAACUACCUGCCCCACCAAACUACCGCCCCACCAAACUACCUCCCCACCAAACUAACCUGCCCACCAACUACCUGCCCCACCAAAAUACCUUCCCUAACCUGCCCACCAAACUACCUUCCAUACCUUCCCUUAUCUGCCCCACCAAACUACCUGCCCCUUACCUGCCCACCAAACUACCUCCUACCUGCCCCACCAAACGACCUGCCCUUACCUUCCCUUACCUGCCCCACCAAAAACACCUGCCCUUAACCUUCCUACUGGCCCCCACCAAACUACCUCCCUUAUCUGCCCCCACCAAACUACCUUGCCCUACCUCCCUACCGCCCACCAAAAACUACCUGCCCUUACCUGCGAACACCAAACUACCUUCCACCGCCCCACCAAACUACCGCCCUUACCGCCCCACCACACUGCCUCCCUUACCGCCCCACAAAACUACCUCCCUUACCCACCUGCCCCACCAAACUACCUCCCCUACUUCCCUUACCUCCCCACCACACACCUUCCCUUACCUGCCCACCCAACUACCUCCUACCUGCCCCAACCAAACAACCUGCCCUUACCUGCCCCACCAAACUACCUGGCCCUUACCUGCCCCACCCAAACUACCCCUGAGGCAUGGGGCGCGGCUCUCCAGUCAGAACAAACUGGGCCACUAUGCUAUCCAUGCAGCUGCCUUCGCAGGCUCAAAGACAGCCAUGGAUGUCAUCCUCAAAGCUGGAGAGGAGAUGGGUCAUUCCAUAGAGGAACACAUUAAUUUCCUGGAUAAGUCGUGCAGUAGUCCACUUCACCUGGCGGUCAGGGGAGGCAACAUGGACAUCAUUGAGUUCUGCAUCCACAAAGGAGCCAAGAUCGACCAGCAACAGGUGGACCGGUCCACAGCGCUGCACUUUGCCUGUUCCCAGGGAGCUACAGAGGCUGUUAAACUGAUGCUGUCCUCCUACAGCAGGCUGGACAGCAUCAUUAACCUGCCUGAUGGAGCCUGCCAGACACCUCUACACAGGGCAACUAUAUUUGAUCACACAGAAUUGGCGGAGUACCUCAUUUCAAAGGGUGCAGACAUCGACUACAUAGACUGUAAGGGUCUUUCCCCACUGCUGCUGGCUACUAACUGCGGAGCCUGGAGAACAGUGGCUCUUCUGCUGUCCAAAGGUGCCAACGUGAACAUAAAGGACAAAUCAGGAUGUAACUUCCUCCAUCUGGCCAUCCUGCAACCCAAAGGCCUCAAAAACCUCUCCAGAGACAUCUUACAGCACAGCAGUGUGAAGGAUCUGUUGAGUAACGAGGACAACAAGGGAUGUACUCCUCUCCACUACGCCUGCAGACUGGGAAUCCACGAAUCUGUCAAGAACAUCCUGGUUCUACAGGUGUCUCUGGACCGCAAGUCCAAGGACAAGAAGUCUGCCCUGCACUUCGCUGCCCAAAUUCACAAAUCGUGUUGUUGUUGUUGUUGUGGUCAGAGCACUGCGCUGCACUUGGCAGCCCGGGAGGGCCAUGUAGCAGCGGUGAGACUGCUGCUGCAGAGAGGGGCGGAGAUCAGCCUCAACAAGAACCACGCCUCCUUCUUCCACGAAGCACUGCAACAUGGGAGGAAGGACGUGAUUAAUGCCAUCAUCGACAGCGACAGAUGUAAUCACAUCCUGAGUAUGUUCAAACGUGAUGCUGGCUGUCGUUGUCCAGUGUUGGACCUGGUUGACUUGCUGCCAGAGUCUUGCAAGUACCUUCUGGAUCGCUGCAUUCGAGAAUCAGACGACGAUACCAGAAGUCCUGACUACCAUAUCGACUACAAUUUCCAGUGGCUUCAGGCUCCAAUAGCGCUGACGAAGCAUGCAAAGGUAGACAAAGGCUUGAAGAUCCAGCCUCUGGCCACUCUGAAUGCCAUGGUGAAAUACAACCGCAUAGAGCUCCUCUCACACCCCGUCUGCAAGAAAUACCUGGAAAUGAAGUGGGUGGCCUACGGGAGCGCUGCUCACCUUCUGAACCUGUUUGUAUACCUGCUGGGUCUGCUUCCUCUCACCCACCUCAUAGUGAGCCUGAGACCCAGCCUGGAAUACACCGACCCUGACAACACCACAGCUGUCACCAUGGUGCCCAUUUCCUUCAAAGAGCACGGCUCCUUCCUGUCCAGCUGCAUGGUGAUGGUGCUGGUGAUGAACAUUUAUUCCAUGGGGAAGGAAGUGACGCAGAUGUACCACCAGCGUUUGAAUUACUUCAAGGAUCCCAUUAACUAUCAGGACUGGACUGUGGCCAUCUUCUCUCUUCUCUUUGUCAUCCCUCUGUACUUCAACGUUGAGGGGUCUUGGUUCUGGCAGGCUGGGGCGAUGGCAGUCUUUCAAUCCUGGAUUAGCUUCCUCUUCUAUCUGCAAAGGUUUGAGCACUUUGGGAUUUACGUGGUGAUGUUUAACGAGAUUGCGAAGACGUUGUGGAAAAUCMUAUUGCUCUUCUUCUUUCUGAUGCUGGCUUUUGCCUUGGUCUUCCAUGCCCUCAUGCUCAAUCAGAAAGAGUUUGAGCGACUGGACCUGUCUGGGGUCCAGAUCUUUGUGAUGAUGGUUGGAGAACUGAAUUACCAAAGCAACAUUCUGGACAUAUACCUAGACAACAAACUUCCAUUUCCCUUCCUCACUUUCUAUAUGUUUGUGAUGUUUGUCAUCCUCAUGCCGAUCCUGCUGAUGAACAUGAUGAUCGGUUUGGCGGUCGGAGACAUCGCUGAGGUAAAGAGAACCGCAGCUCUGAAGAGAAUAGCCAUGCAGAUCUUGAGCUCCACACCAAUCUGGAGGAGAAGAUGCCGUACUGGUUGUGAAGAGAUUGGACCAGUCAUCUUCACCAUCUACCCCAACCGCAAGGCUCCAAGGCUGAAAGAGAUAUCCAGUGUGCUGGAGAAGCAGCACGACCUGAUAAAGCUGAUGAUCCAGAAGAUGGAGAUCACCUCGGAGGCAGACGAACAUGACGGGCCCACAGAGGUCAAAGGUUACAGGCAGAGGUCAAACUGGGGCCAAGCCAAAGGCUCCAACUGGAUCCCGCUGAUGAAGGUCCUCGAGCGCAAGAACGUUUGAGUCCUUCAAUUUACCGGUGACAUUUGUCGGCUUUCCAUAAAUCCCGGGUAGAAAAUCCCUGGGAUCAGAAGGGAAUAGACAGGAGGUCCAGAAACCUCCGACCAGGAUUUGUGAAAACCAGGGGAAUUGUAGGAAAGACCAGAAUUGUGCAUCCUUAUUCAUGACCAUAAACAAUAUGACAAGAAUAUUUAAAAUAGAGAACAUUUUCAUUGUUAUAUAUACAGUACUUGAACUGCUAUUGUUUUUAAAACUUACUGUAGGAUACUAUGAUUAGCAUGAAUUACUUAUCAGUGGGGAUACGACUUCUGAUGCACCCUUUUGAUUGGUUAAUUAUGGAUCUCUCUCUCUCUGUCUCUCUCUGUCUCUUUCUGUCUCUCUCUGUCUAUCUAUCUCUAUCUGUCUGUCUC